AUGUACCGAAACGUGGACCUUGCGAGAUGUGGAAAGGCAGAAAAUAGACGCUAUCAAAAUGUGGUGCUGGAGAAGAAUACUUGGGUAUCGUGGACCGAGUUUCGUACAAACGUCUCGAUACUUCAAGAACUCGGUAUUAAGCAGCGACUAUUUUCAACAGUACAAUCUCGCAUCCUUACAUUCUUCGGUCACGUAUCUCGGCGUGGCGAUCAGUCAAUAGAACGCCUUGUCGUCCAAGGGAAGGUGGAAGGCACUAGACCACGCGGCAAGUCACCUACACACUGGGCUGAUCAGAUUAAGUCCGCCGUAGGAGAAUCACUGAAUCAGUGCAGCAGGAUGACCUCCAAUUGGCAGCGGUGGCGGAGCGUCGUGAAGCGUAUCACAUCUGCGCCUUCUACCACAUACCGAUCACGACCGCUCUGGCAAGAGCGUACCGAAUGA